AAACGACGCUAACCCUGACGUCAAUCCCCUAGCAACUGCGAGAAGGUUUAUAAAAAGACCUUGUUUUAGUUAGCUUUGUGUUAAUUAGCCCGUUGUUGGCUAUUAACAAAGUCAAAGUAAUUUUUUCAUCGUCUCAAGCCGGUAACGGUAUUUUAUUUACGUGUUUUAAACGUGGUGCAUAUGAACAGCGUACCACGAGCACUACUUACACCUAACUGAAAAAUGACCUCGUCACAAUAGUAACUUAUGUGUUGCAAUAGUAGCUAACUAUCGCCCGCUAAGCUAAUGAGCUAGGAAGAAUUGACAGGUUUUUUAUCUAUUUUGUUAUCAACGUCGGCUUUAUUCACGGCUGGACAUCAGGGGAUGAUAUGCAGACUUCAGAUGAUCCCUAUGAGAAUUUCAUUCUGCAGCACUUAAAGCAUUAUGGACUUUUUACAGGCCAGAGAUCCACGUUUCUGCGGAGAAAUGUUUCAGAAGGCAGACUAUGGGACAGCAGUCUUGAUUCCGUGGCCACAGAUGUCCACCAUUCAACUGCUGACAGCACAGACAUGGAUGAGGAACAACCACAGGCACAUCAGGGACAAUUCUCUUUCAACAUGGAGAAAUAUCUCAGAACCAGACAGCUGCUAAUUGACCUUGAUGGGGAAAGACCUAUCCCACGCCUGAGGGAACCACUGGACCUCUUUUCCAUCCCUUCCAUUUCCCAUCCCUUCCAGGGUGUUCGCUGGCCGAUCGAAUGUGAAGUUAUCUGCGACAAAAUCCAUCAUAUAGAAUGGGAUCCUCCAGAACCAGAACCAUUUUAUCAACAGACAGGAAAUGAGCAAACCCCGAUGUCGGUGGGAGAAGAAAAGGGAAACACUGUUUAUUGUGUAGACUCUGCUACAAAAAUGUCCUACUUUACUCGAUCCCGUGUUGGUGGCAGCAGGAAGUAUAUAAAGAAUUUCACAUCUUCUGCCGACAGCCAAGAGACACCUACCCUAUCUUUUGAGUCCAGAUUUGAAAGUGGUAAUCUUCAAAAAGCAGUUAAAGUUGGUCCUUAUGACUAUGAGCUCACUUUGCGCAAUGACAUGUACACCACAAAGCACACACAGUGGUUUUACUUCCGCGUGAAGAACAUGAAGGCCGGUGUCACAUACCGUUUCACGAUUAUCAACCUGAUGAAAUCCAGCAGUCUGUAUGAAGCAGGCAUGCAUCCACUGCUGUACUCCGAGCUUGGUGCUUGUCUGAAGGGAGAGGGUUGGUACCGUGCAGGCAACAACAUUCGGUAUUACCGGAAUCAGAGUGAAAAAGAGGGCAAACCGCUCUACUCACUCACCUGGACACUGGAGUUUCCUCAUGAAAAUGAUACCUGCUACUUGGCCCACUGCUACCCAUACACCUACUCAGACCUGCAACACUAUCUGCAAGGUGUGGUCUCAGACCCAGCUCGGGCAAUGUACUGUAAAGUGCGGGUGCUGUGUCGAAGCUUGGCAGGAAACUCGGUGUAUGUCCUGACCAUUACUGCACCCUGUGGCACUUGGCAAGAGCGAAGAAACAGGCGAGCAGUGGUUGUAACAGCACGGGUGCAUCCAGGAGAAACAAAUAGCUCAUGGAUGAUGCAAGGCUUCUUGGAAUUUCUGUUGGGAAAAUCACCUGAUGCACAUCUACUGAGGGAAACCUUUGUUUUUAAGAUAGUGCCAAUGCUGAACCCUGAUGGUGUAGUGGUCGGGAACUACCGCUGCUCACUAGCAGGCCGUGACAUGAACCGCAACUAUCAUACUCUACUCAAGGAGUCGUUCCCCUGUGUAUGGUACACUCGCAACAUGGUGAAGCGGUUGCUUGCUGAGAGAGAAGUUGUGUUAUACUGUGACCUUCAUGGCCACAGCAGAAAAAACAAUGUAUUCAUGUAUGGUUGCACUGAUCGUAAGGAUACCUCACUACAUCUUCAGGAGCGAAUCUUCCCUCUGAUGAUGAGCAAAAACGCCAAAGACAAGUUCUCCUUCAGGAGUUGUAAGUUUAAGAUGCAGAAAGGCAAAGAAGGCACCGGUCGCAUUGUAAUGUGGAGGCUCGGCAUCAGAAACAGCUAUACUAUGGAGUCCACCUUCGGAGGCUCCAGUUUAGGAGGCAGGAGAGGAACUCACUUCUCUGUAGGGGACCUGAAAUCUAUGGGCUACCAUUUUUGUGAUACCCUCCUUGACUUCUGUGACCCAGACCAAACCAAGACUGAAAAUUGUCUAAAGGAACUGGGGGCUAUGCUGAAGCAGGAGAUCAGGCGGAAGCUGGGCAGGGAUGUGGAUUGCCUGGAAAGCAUCUCUGAUGUGGACAUUGAGUCCAGUACAAGUGGAUCAAAUAGCACAGACUCAGAUGGUCUACCUGUUCAUCUUUUAAACUGCCCAGACCAGGACACAAAAGUCAAGAAGAAGCAUUUACGGAGCAGAAAAGAAAGGAAUAGAUUAAGACAGCAGGGAGCACAGAGUGCAAAAUCCAAGAUCCUUCACAGAGAAAACAAAAACACAGAUACAAUAACAUCAAAUGAAGAUCUAGUGACUGAAAGAAUCCAAGAAAAAACAAUAAGUCCAGUGAAAGAGGGCAAGGACAAGAAACCAAAUGCACAGUUAGCAAGGCUUAAUCAGUCUGGAAGGACCUGGAUCCCACAUCCCAUUCCACGUGUCAGUCUUGCUGGCCAUGAGACUUUUUGGGAGGACAAGAAAGACAAGCAUAGCUUAGGUUACUCUUCGACCUUAUUAGAUGAGAUGGGAGGGUCAGUAAAUGACUCCCAGAGGCAAACACAGCACCAGCCCCUGAUUGUCAAUGCAGUUCGCCACAGAUUAUCGUGUCUGCCAAUUCAGCAGUUCCCCAUGCUUUUCAACAAGGAUGUCAGAGCAUACCCAGGAAUGAGAGGAAGGUCCUCUGUUUCAAAAGUUGCACUGCAUAGGGUUGUUCCCGAGUUCAUUUCCAUUAAAGGAUUACAGCUCAGCCGCUCAGCCUACUCCUCUCCGGCCCACACGGUCAACCAGCACAAUCUCAGGCAGAAAAGAACACCACAGUCAACCAAAGUUUCACUUGAAUCCUACAUGCCUGAAAUACCAAAUACUAUGGGCACCCUGAGGACCAGUCAUAAAAGAAACACACUAGGUCUGGCAGUACUGGAGACUGAGCAGUACUGUGAAGCAGCGCAACUCAAUAAACAAGAAAGAGGGGACUACUCCUUUUUUCCUGAUCUAAGAAGCAGUAACAAGCCAGACAAAAGCAGUAGGAGAUCCUCAGAUGUACAGGCUGAACUCAGAGCUCUAAGGCUAGAGAAAUUAAAUGGUGUGCAUGAAGAUGCAGCUUCAUCAGGCAGCUGGAGCAGUGAAGGUUGGUAUACACCGAUCAGGCAUAACAUCAUGAACACUGAGAGGUGCCGUGAAUAACACUGAUGAUCUCAUCAUGGCACCUGUUAGUGGGUGGGAUAUAUUAUGUCCUGAAAGUUGAUGUGUUAGAAGCAGGAAAAAUGGACAGGUGUAAGUUUGACGAGGGCCAAAUUGUGAUGGCUAGACCACUGGAUCAGAGCAUCUCCAAAACUGCAGCUCUCGUAUCCUUUAAGACCUGUAAGUCCCAUGGAAGUCCCACCUCAGAACUUAAAGGACUUAAAGGAUCUGCUGCCAACAUCUUGGUGCCAGAUACCACAGCAUACCUUCAGGGAUCUACUGGAUCCAUGCCUCGAUGGGUCAGAGCUGUUUUGGCAGCAAAAGGGGGACCAACACAAUAUUAGGCAGGUGGUCAUAUUGUUAUGCCUGAUCAGUGUACAGUGCCUAGUAUAUCUAUAGUUUCUCCCCUUUGACAUAAGCAAAAAUGAUCAGAUUCAGCCUACAUUGUUUAUACACUAUAUGGCCAAAAUUUUUUGGACACCUGAACAUCAUACCCACAAGUACCUUGGGUGUUUCGGUUUGUAACACCGGUUUUAUGACCAGCGUACAAAAGUACAGAAUAUUAUAAGUCAUUAUCAUUCAUCCACUGGUCACUUACAUUUGUGAUGGCCAAGAGAUACGCAUAACAUGGCAAGGACACUUUAUAAGCUGCUCAAAUGAGUCCCAGUAACAA